AUGAAGUUAUCCCACUCUGCCCUCCUCGCCAUCUUAGUCUCCAGUGCUUUUGUUUCUGCUGCUCCAGCAGUUAUUGUUAAUAACAAUAAUAAUUCCCUUAUUAAAAGAACUGAUAUUAAUGAAGUUUUAGAAAUCAUAGAGGAAUUAAAAACUUUAAAUCAAAAGAGAGAUUUAAUUGAAGGUUCAGAAUUAGAAGCUUAUCUUUCCAAGAGAGAUUCUGCUGUUGGAGAUUUAUUAACUGCUUUAUUAAAUUCUGGUAUUAUUAGUGAUAUUUGGACUGCUUUUACUACUAAUUCAACUAUUACUGCUGAAUUAAAAACUAUUAUUUCAAGUGCUAUUAAAGGUGCUUUAGUUGAAGGUCCAGCUUUAAUUUCUGCUAUUUGGAAUUCUGGUUUAAUUAAACAAUUAUUUGAUACUUUAAUUAAUGAUUCUGAUUUAAAAACUGCUUUCCUUGCUGUUGCUAAAUCUAUUUUCACUACUGGUCUUAAUUUAGUUAAAGCUUGGUUAGGUCUUGGUUCUUCAUCAACUGCUACAACUGCCGCUGCCUCAACUGCCUCUGCUGCUGCCAAAAGAGAAGUUUUAUUAGGUGAUUCUGAAUUCAUAGAUAAAAGAGAUGUUCUUUCAGUUGUUGAAACCGUUGUUGAAGAUAUUUAUAACUCUGGCUUAGUUCAAGAUUUAUUCCAAAAAGUUGUUGCUAAUCCAACUGCUGUUGAAGGUUUCUUAUCUUCAGCUUUAAAAUACGGUGUUGUUGCUGUUGAAGAUGUUUAUGGAUGGGCUAAAUCUUCCGGUGUCUUAGCUGAAGGUUUAACUUGGAUUGAAAAUAAUGGUGGUAAAUAUGCUGCUGAUAUUGCAAGUUUCUUAGGUGAUCAAAUUGCAGCUGGUAAUGUUACCACUUCUGAUAUUGAUAAUGCUAGUACUUCAUCAUCAACUUCAAAAGCUACUACUAUUACUUCUACUGCUGCUGCUGCUGCUGCCCUUCUUCCAGCUGCCAUCGGUGGUGCUGCUACUACUGCUACUCCAGCCACUGUUGCAACUAUUAAUACUGCUACUCCAGUCGCUACUAAUAAUAAUGCCGUUCUUGCUUCAUUAGAAGCUGCUUAUGGUGGUACUAACCCAACUACUGCUGCUACCGUUGCUGUUGGUGAUAUUACCAAUGAUGUUAAUACCCUUGUAAAUGCUGCUAGUCAAAUUGCUGGUUCAUUAAAGAAGAGAAGAAUUGCUUACUAG